ACAUAAUUGAGGGUUAUCAAGACCAUGCACUGCAGGGCAGGUCACCACAAAUGGCAACACAUGCUCUCGUGUUCAUGAUUGGCGGAAUCCGUAAAAAGCUGAAACAACCAAUUGCUUAUUAUUAUUCUAAGGAGGUGAGCAUUAUGGUCUUUUAUUUGUUCAAGACUUGUUUAAGACUAUAACUUUUACUUGUUUAAGACUAUAACUGUUUCAAAUGUAUUUGAGCCUGUUGCAGGUCCCUCAAAAUUUAUACAACCCUUGUGUGAGAAUGUAAAUUAUAAAACCAUUCCUGACAUAACUAGUGAUAUUCCUCAAGUAACUGAGAAUAUCAACCCUGUUGCUGCUGCAAAUCCAUCCACGAAAAACAAAAAGGAUAAAGAUAUGUUGAUAAAAAUGAAAUAUCAUCUGAGAAAAAUUAACAGGCUUCAAAAAACUGUAAAGCAUCUAAAGAAUGAAGCAUUUCUCAAAGUAUUGAGCAAAAAUGAUUCCGUAAAUAAAAUAUUAAAAUGUAAAAUAUCCCCCUCUUUUGCAUUAUUUUUGCAAGAAGAAUGGCAAAACUAUAAAAAAAAAUCAUAAGGUCGAAGAUGGAACAUGGACUCCAAAAUAAUAGCACUAAGACUGUAUAAAAGGUCACCUAGGUGUUACAAAUUAUUAAGAAGGAUGAUUUGCCUGCCAACACCUAGUUCAUUAAAAGCGUUAUUAAGCAAGUUUCACAUGAAAGUUGGUAUUAAUGACCAAAUUUUUAAUGUUUUGAAAAAAACAAUAAAGCAACAGACUCCCUCAGACAAUGAGUAUAUCCUUAUGUUUGAUGAGAUGUCAAUAAAAAAGUAUUUGUUUAACAGUGGUAGAGCCACGCGCAGCUUUCGCUGUCGCACGGAUGGGCCGGCUCGAUCCGGGGUGGUACCACGACCUCACAGAAUACCAGCGUGAAGUAGAGGUUUACCUCUGCGUUUCGCUUGGUGAGUGCAGGUGGCCGGAGGCCCUUUUUACUGGAAAUGAGGCAUUCCAUCUUAGUCCUCACGGGUGACAACGCAUCUGCAUUUUGAUUCGCAAGCGAGGAUAGAUGUAGAUGUCUAUGGGCCGCAGCAACCACUUACCAUCAGGUGGACUGUGUGCUCGUUUGUCACCCUUAUCUUAUAAAAAAAAAACAACAAAAAGGAGGACAUAAUUGAGGGUUAUCAAGACCAUGCACUGCAGGGCAGGUCACCACAAAUGGCAACACAUGCUCUCGUGUUCAUGAUUGGCGGAAUCCGUAAAAAGCUGAAACAACCAAUUGCUUAUUAUUAUUCUAAGGAGGUCCUGCAACAUUGUUUUGAUGCUGGAAUUAAUAUUUCAGCUACAGUGUGUGAUAUGGAUGGUGUGAAUAAGAGACCUAUAAGUAUCUUGGGAGCAUCUGUAGAACAGCCAUAUAUUCUGCUAAAUAAUCGAGAAGUGGUUACCAUUUUUGAUACUCUGCAUUUGCUCAAAUGCUUUAGAAAUAUGUUUUUAAAAUAUGACAUUAAAUAUCCAAUAAAUAUAACAUCAAAUGAUCAAAUUGGAUUUGGUGUUGCUAAAUGGAGCCAUAUAAAGGAGUUUUAUGAAACAGUUAACACCAAUCCCAAUUUUGUGUUUGCACCUUGCUUAAAACAAGAACAUUUAAAUCCAAAUACGAAGCAGAAGAUGAAGGUGAAGCUAGCUGCACAAGUGUUAAGCCACUCAGUUGCUGCAGGAAUGUAUGCUAAAAUUUCACAAGGGGAACUCUCUUCAGAGGCUGUCACUACAGCUAAUGUUAUUGCAAAUAUGGACAAGCUGUUUGAUUGUGUCAACGCAUGCUCACCAGACCUAAGAAGGGGGAGACCAUAUUCGACAAACAUGACAAAUAAUACACCACAUCUCACACAUUUCACUUUAAUGAAGAAUUUUUUUAAAGAAAUGACGUUUUUGGGAUGCAAACGAGCUCCUCCAUCCCAAGAAGGUUGGAUAUGGUCCAUCAAUGGAAUAGAACGAAUUUGGAGAAAUCUCAGUUCUAAACAUAAAUCAAUAAAAAGUUUGGAAACAAGAAGGCUCCAGCAGGACCCGUUAGAAAAUCUUUUUGGAUGCAUUCGGGUCAAUUGCGGCUGCAAUUCAAAUCCCACUGCUGGGCAGUUUGUUGCGGGUCUUAAAACGGCUGUCCUUAGCAACUUAUCUUUUAUUGGGACAGGAAAUUGUGAAGAAGACCAAAAUCAAGUUAUAUUGACAAAUUUUAAAUCUUUAUUGUCUCCACCCACAGACACACACACUGCUUAUGCCACAAUUUUAACCGAUGAGUUAGAAGAAAGUGUAAAUUCUACAUUUGAAUGUAGCUUGGAAGAAAGCAGUGGCGAAAUACAAGCAUGUGCCUAUGUCUGUGGGUUUAUAGUAAAAAAUAAUCUCAACAAAUGUGAAAUUUGUAAAAAAAUUUUUGUAUCUGAGACACAAGAGAGAUCACAUACUUUUAUUGACUUUAAAGAAUAUAGUGAUCUAAAAAAGUCCCUUAAAUACGCCUCUAAAAACCUCAUUAACUGUAUUGAAAGUAGUGCUACGAUGAUUUAUGAUUUUUUAGAGGCAGAAGCAUAUAAAAAAAAUUAAAAGGGACAAUUAAAGUUUUGUUCAAAAACUCAAUAAAUUGGGAGUUUCUCGAUGAAUGUCCAGAACAUAAAGAUAUGAAUAUAGAUUACUUAUUUAAUAGCGUAUUUCACAUUUGUAUGAAGAGAUUUUGUAUUUUGAAAAAUCGGCAAUUUGCAGAAGAGUACUCUGCAUACAUGAUAUCCUGCAGAAUAAAUAAGAUAUUACAUGGAACUACUUUUUCUAUAUGUACAGUCAUAAUCACUUCAGUGGUGACAUUAUAUAAAGAGAUAAAAGUAGAGGGAGGAUUUGUCCUCUCUCGAGAGAGGCUGCCAAGGAGUGACUAGCGCUGAUGAGGCUAUGGAUGUGUGUAAAAGUGUACCCGUAGUCCUGCCGAUAAGUGGUGAAGAUGAAACAUCUGAGUUUUAGUCGGAGUGGGUCAGAUAUUCCUUGCUUCCGCGAGGCAGGUAGGAUUUAAAUUUAAGUUUUUUUUAAAAAUAUUUGCCAUAUAGAGCCACUUUUGGAUUUCGAAUAUAGUAUUUUCGAAACUAUCACUUUACUGGUGCGAAUCAUACCUUACAGUCUUUUUAUCGUUUAAUGUCGGAUAGUUUAUUAGUCACCCUACAAACAAUCGUAUUGCUAUGCAACUAACUUUUAAGUUUACUGUGGGAUAUGGAUAACACAUACAUUUGUAUUUUUUAUAGAAUUUAGCAAGUAAAUGCUGUGACACUUAGACAUCUACCUGUAUUAUCGAAAAAUAAUAAUAACUACUUAACUAUUAAAUCGAUAUUUAGUUAAGAGCUGUUCAGAACUGUUUACAUGCAUAAAGUUAAAAAUUAGUUAAUUACGUAUAUAUCCAUGUAACAUCUUAUUUAUUCUGCAGGAUAUCAGUUUUUCUUUGAAGAGCAGUUUGCAAAAGAGGGGGAUAUUUUACAUUUUAAUAUUUCAUUUACGGAGUUAUUUUUGCUCAAUACUUUGAGAAAUUCUUCAUUCUUUAGAUGCUUUACAGUUUUUUGAAGCCUGUUAAUUUUUCUCAGAUGAUAUUUCAUUUUUAUCAACAUAUCUUUAUCCUUUUUGUUUUUCGUGGAUGGAUUUGCAGCAGGUAGUGCUGAUUAAUGACAUGAAAAUGUUGACUUAUUAGUUUUUAAUGCAGUCAAUAACAAUAACAUAACGAAAAUAAUUUCUACAAAUGUAAUAUUAUUGGUGGCAUCUAUAAUAUAAUCAGGUUAUUGGAGUUUAGACAUAAUAUUGCAAAGCUAUUGCCUUGUUUGUAGAAUGUGAAGGUAAAUAAUGUUUUCUUGUUAGAAAAAAGUGUUUAUAUUAGAUUGUCUAAUCUUUUUUAUAUAAAACCAAUGUACCUUUACUUUCCAUUUUGCUUAAAUGUCAUGUUACAUAUGCCAUGUUAAAAAUUAGUUAAUUACUCCGUCACUUACGUCCAUCAAUGUACCAACGGUUUUUCUAUGUACCAAUGUAGACAAGUAUGUAAUGUAAAUAAAAAUUAUGUAUUUCA